AUGCAGCGAGGAAGCGACGAACUUUUAAGUCAAGCUGCAGUUAUGGCGCCCGCUUCCGACAAUAAUAAUCAGGAUUUAGCCACAAAGAAAGCCAAAUUGGAGCCAAGCACUGUUCUUGGCGGAGUUGGCAAACCGUCAAAAGUCAUCCACUUGCGCAACAUUCCAAAUGAGUCCAGCGAAUCAGAUGUCAUCUCAUUAGGUGUACCAUUUGGUCGCGUCACAAAUGUGCUCGUUCUGAAGGGCAAAAAUCAAGCUUUUCUCGAAAUGGCCGACGAAAUAUCCGCGACAUCGAUGGUAUCGUGUUACACCGUGACCCCGCCUCAUAUGCGCGGACGCAUGGUCUACGUACAGUUCUCCAAUCAUCGCGAAUUAAAGACAGAUCAAAGUCACAACAAUACCGCUGUCGUUCCCAGCGAUUAUCGCAUUCAAUCGCCAGCCUCUGGUUCGCCGCUCCCGCUGUGCAACACCGCCACCGCUACCAAUGCCGACGGCACAAUCGCUGUACUGCAGAACAACUCGAAUGCAGUCAAUACUAAUUCCACUGCUGGCGGACCCAAUACUGUACUCCGCGUCAUUGUCGAAUCGUUGCUCUAUCCGGUGUCGUUGGAUAUUUUGCAUCAAAUUUUCCAACGUUUUGGCAAAGUGCUGAAAAUUGUCACAUUUACAAAAAAUAAUUCAUUCCAGGCACUUAUCCAGUAUCCGGACGCCCAUUCGGCCCAGCAUGCCAAGAACAUUUUGGAUGGCCAGAAUAUCUAUAACGGCUGUUGCACUCUGCGCAUCGACAACAGCAAAUUGACUGCUUUGAAUGUCAAAUACAACAAUGACAAAUCGCGCGAUUUCACAAAUCCAUCAUUGCCGCCGGGCGAGCCAGGUGCUGACAUAAUGCCCACCGCUGGGGGUUUGGUGAAUGCAAAUGAUUUACUCCUGAUCGCGGCCCGACAGCGGCCAUCCUUAACAGGUGAUAAAAUAGUGAAUGGGCUCGGUGCUCCCGGUGUAUUGCCGCCAUUCGCACUAGGCAUUGGUACGCCACUCGCCGGUGGCUAUAAUAGCGGCAUACCGAAUUUAGGCGCUUUUGCGCUGGCCAACAGUGGUGCUCUACAAACAGCAACGCCCGCUUUGCGCGGCUUCUCCAACGUGCUGCUCGUGUCGAAUUUAAAUGAAGAGAUGGUCACGCCUGAUGCUCUAUUUACCCUCUUUGGUGUUUAUGGAGAUGUGCAACGUGUGAAAAUCUUAUACAACAAAAAGGACUCAGCUCUCAUACAAAUGGCCGAGCCACAACAAGCCUAUUUGGCUAUGAAUCACCUUGACAAAUUGCGCUUGUGGAGUAAGGCGAUACGUGUUAUGGCUAGUAAACAUCAGGCUGUGCAGCUGCCGAAGGAAGGACAACCGGAUGCCGGUCUCACACGCGACUACUCACAGAAUCCAUUGCAUCGAUUCAAGAAACCAGGCAGCAAAAAUUAUCAAAAUAUUUAUCCACCAUCGGCCACAUUGCAUUUAAGUAACAUUCCAUCAUCGUGCACUGAGGAAGAUAUCAAGGAAGCAUUCACCUCUAAUAACUUUGAAGUUAAAGCAUUCAAAUUUUUCCCUAAGGAUCGCAAAAUGGCGCUACUCCAGCUCUCGUCGGUGGAAGAGGCCGUUUUGGCGCUCAUCAAAAUGCACAAUCAUCAACUUUCGGAGUCGAAUCACUUGCGCGUCAGCUUCUCCAAGUCAAACAUCUAAGAAACUACAACUAUUUUAUUCAUAUAGAGAAGCAUUCAGCUGCAAUACGAAAAACAAUACAACAACAUUACAGCUAUGAAAUAAACAGACAAACAAUAGUGAACAGGAAACAGAAAUAGCAGCUUAACAGCAGAGGAACAGUAAAUUAACAGUGUUUACGCAGAAGCAGCAAAUGUAAAUCAAGCUUAGGCGCAACUCAGACGCGUAAAUUAUUCUACAAUAGGGGACACAAGAACGACCAUAGAAAAAUAGUAAAAAUCAGCAAACAGUAAUAAGAAGGAAUCAACAAGGAUUAGUGCAUAUACAUGCAAUUUCAACUCUACCAUUCUACUAAGCAACAACAAAAUUUACAGUGUACUCAGUUCAAUGAUCAAUUGUUUGGUCUCAAAAGAAAAAGAAACGAAAUUCAGACUCUACAAUAAUCAACAAAAACUAUCUCUACAGCCUAACUGACAGAUAAAUCGAUAUUUCAUAUAUGUACAUAUGUAUGCGUGUGUGCAUAUACAUGCAUGUACACAGACAUUUUUUAACAUUCACUAUAUUUUUCUAGCAUUAUUCUUACUAUUAUUCAGAAAAUUAUUGCUACUCCUUUUAAUCAUAACUUUAAUUGUAUUAGUGAUAAUAAUCUUUUAGCAUACUAUACAUGCAAACAUACAUAGCUAAAAUCUCAAGAGCGUAUUUUUUCGAAAGAGUUUUUCGCUAAGCAGAAAAUCCAGACAAAAAAAUUGCACACAAACAUACAAAUUUCAAAAACCCAACAAACUACCCCACCCAGCAUUUGAAAUUGCUGUAAAAGAUUACAACUACAAAUGUAGAAAUAAUACGGCUUUGGUGUAAAACAGGAAGAGGAAGAAGAAGAGGAAGAAGGAGAAGAAAACAAAAGCAAAAAUAAAUCACAUUGAUAGAUACAUUAUAUAUAUAUUUUAUGUAAGCGCAACAAAAUUUUACUUCAAAUUUAAAAAAUAAUAUAAUAACAAAAAAUA